CUCCCCUUGGGCCAGGGCCAGCCUCCCUAACCAGGAUUUAAAGCGACUGUGAGCCUCAUUACCGGGACGCCAGACAUCUAUUUGCUCUCUCAAAGCCAUUUCUGCACCAACGAUGGCCACCUUCGUGGAGCUCAGCACUAAAGCCAAGAUGCCCAUUUUGGGUCUGGGCACCUGGAAGUCUCCCCCGAACAAAGUCAAAGAAGCCGUGAAGGUGGCCAUUGAUGCAGGCUAUCGCCACAUAGACUGCGCCUACGUCUAUCAGAAUGAGAAUGAGGUGGGAGAAGCCAUCCAAGAGAAGAUCCAGGAGAAGGUGGUGAAGCGGGAGGACCUCUUUAUUGUGAGCAAGGUACGUAUGGCCCAUUUGGUGGGAGGACUGGACUUCAAGGCAGGCAGAAGUAUGUGGAUGUGGUCAGUGCCAAGAACCCUCCCAGCCUUUCCUCUAUGUCCAUGUUAACCCCAGCUCUCUUCA